AUGUCUUUCAGGUUGCUCCUUCUCUACCAUGCUCUGUGCCUAGCCCUGUUGGAGGUUUCAGCCCAUACUGUGGAGCUAAAUGAAAUGUUUGGCCAGAUACAGUCCCCUGGCUAUCCAGAUUCCUAUCCAAGUGACUCUGAGGUGACUUGGAAUAUUACUGUCCCAGAGGGGUUUCGGAUCAAGCUUUACUUCAUGCACUUCAACUUGGAAUCCUCCUAUCUUUGUGAAUAUGACUACGUGAAGGUAGAAACAGAAGAUCAGGUGCUGGCGACCUUCUGUGGCAGGGAGACCACUGACACGGAGCAGACUCCUGGCCAGGAAGUGGUUCUUUCCCCUAGCUCCUUCAUGUCUGUCACUUUCCGGUCUGAUUUUUCUAAUGAGGAACGGUUCACAGGCUUCGAUGCUCACUACAUGGCUGUAGAUGUAGAUGAAUGCAAGGAGAGAGAAGAUGAAGAACUCUCCUGCGACCACUACUGCCACAACUACAUCGGCGGUUACUACUGCUCCUGCCGCUUUGGCUACAUCCUCCACACAGACAACAGGACCUGCCGAGUGGAAUGCAGUGGCAAUCUCUUUACCCAGAGGACAGGCACCAUCACAAGCCCCGAUUACCCCAACCCUUACCCCAAGAGCUCCGAAUGCUCCUAUACCAUCGAUCUGGAGGAGGGCUUCAUGGUCAGCCUGCAGUUUGAGGACAUAUUUGACAUUGAGGACCAUCCUGAGGUGCCCUGUCCAUAUGACUACAUUAAGAUUAAAGCUGGUCCAAAAGUAUGGGGGCCCUUCUGUGGAGAGACAUCCCCAGAGCCAAUCAGCACGCAGAGUCACAGUGUCCAGAUCCUAUUCCGCAGCGACAACUCAGGAGAGAACCGAGGCUGGAGGCUCUCCUACAGGGCAGCAGGAAAUGAGUGCCCAAAGCUACAGCCUCCUGCGUAUGGGAAAAUCGAGCCCUUGCAAGCCCUGUAUUCCUUCAAAGACCAAGUGCUUAUCAGCUGUGACACGGGCUACAAAGUGCUAAAGGAUAGUGAGAUAAUGGACACGUUCCAGAUUGAAUGCCUGAAGGACGGUACAUGGAGUAACAAGAUUCCCACCUGUAAAAUUGUAGACUGUGGAGUCCCAGCGGGGUUGAAACAUGGACUGGUGACCUUCUCCACAAGAAACAACCUCACGACAUACAAAUCUGAGAUAAGAUACUCCUGCCAGCAGCCCUAUUUCAAGAUGCUUCACAAUACCACAGGUGUAUAUACGUGUUCUGCACAUGGGGCCUGGACAAACGAAGUACUGAAGAGAAGCCUGCCCACCUGCCUUCCAGUGUGUGGUCUCCCCAAGUUCUCCCGGAAGCACAUCUCCAGGAUCUUCAAUGGACGCCCAUCCCAGAAGGGUACCACUCCAUGGAUUGCCAUGCUGUCACACCUGAAUGGGCAACCCUUCUGUGGGGGUAGCCUUUUAGGUUCCAACUGGAUUUUGACAGCUGCUCACUGCCUCCACCAUCAACUAGAUCCAGAAGAUCCAACCAUACACAGCUCAUACUUGCUCAGCCCUUCUGACUUCAAAAUCAUCAUGGGAAAGCACUGGAGGCGCCGCUCAGACGAAGAAGAACAGCACCUGAAUGUGAAUCGCAUUUUCCUGCAUCCGCUCUACGACCCCAGCACAUUUGAGAACGACCUGGGUCUGGUGGAGCUGUCAGAGAGCCCAAGACUGAAUGACUUUGUGAUGCCUGUCUGUCUACCUGAGCAUCCCUCCAGGGAAGGAACCAUGGUCAUUGUCAGCGGCUGGGGCAAGCAGUUCUUACAGAGCUUUCCGGAGAUCCUGAUGGAGAUUGAAAUUCCAACUGUAAACCAUGACACUUGCCAGAAGGCCUACACCCCACUGAAGAAGAAAGUGACCAAGGACAUGAUAUGUGCUGGAGAGAGGGAAGGGGGUAAAGACUCCUGUGCUGGUGACUCUGGAGGCCCCAUGGUGACCAAAGAUGAAGGAAGAGAUCAAUGGUACCUGGUGGGCGUGGUGUCCUGGGGCGAGGAUUGUGGGAAGAAAGAUCGCUAUGGAGUAUAUUCUUACAUCUAUCCCAACAAGGAUUGGAUCCAGAGAGUCACUGGGGUGAGGAACUGA